AUGCGUCUGUUUCAUGCUGUCGCCGUCGUACAGCUGCUGGCUGUACGCCUCGUUGCUGCUGUUCCUUUCGACUCGACUCCGGUCAUCGACAUAGACCCAGCAGCCGAUCCGCUCGAGGCUCUCGCCCAACUGCAGCAGCACACGUACGAGACACUUGAAAAGAACGAUGCCAUGUCAAAGAGGGCUCCGGAAGGUUGUUCCUUGGCCACCACAACUAUUCGGAGGGACUGGGAUCAUAUGAGCAAGCCAGAUCGAAGGUCAUACAUUAAAGCUGUUCAGUGUCUUCGAAAACUGCCAUCCAAAUCUGACAAGUCCUGGGCUGCAGCAGCGAAGACGCGUUUCGAUGACUUUGUCGCCAUCCAUGUAAACCAGACCAUGUACAUACACGGUAAUGGUCUCUUUCUUACCUGGCAUCGCUACUUUGUAUGGGCGUACGAGCAAGCUCUCCGAAACGAAUGUGGUUACAAGGGCUACCAACCUUACUGGAACUGGUUUGCGCACACCGACAAUAUCUAUGAGUCGCCUGUGUUCGAUGGGAGUGAUACUAGCUUGGGUGGUGAUGGUGCAUACUUCUCACACAAUGGAAGUCUUGCUGGUGCUCGGACAAUAGUCAUCCCCUCUGGCAAAGGAGGUGGUUGUAUUGAAAGCGGCCCCUUCAAGAAUACGCAAGCGAACAUUGGCCCAAUUUCUCCUGGCAUGCAGGGCUUUACUGACCUGGCAGCCGACACCACCGACUACAAUCCUCGGUGCCUGCGCCGAGACAUCAGUCCGUAUAUACCCAAGAAGUGGUUUACCACUGCGAACCUUCUGAACGUAACUAUUGGCGCGGGUUCUCGAACCCACCGCGAUUUCUGGGUCGAAAUCCAAGGUCGAUACCCAGAUGGCUUCCUCGGUCUGCACACGUCGGGUCAUUACACCAUGGGCGGCGACGCGACUGAUCUCUACUCUUCCGUCAAUGAUCCCGCGUUUUGGCUUCAUCACGCUAUGCUUGACCGCAUUUACUGGAUUUGGCAGACGCUCCACCCAGCGGAGGCGAACAAGGUGACGGGCACUCUAACGUUGCAGAACAGGCCGCCAACGCGCGACGCCACUAUUGACGAGCCGUUAAACUUGGGGGUCAAUGGCGAGACACUGAGGAUUCGCGAUAUGUUCAACACCUUAGGAGGUAGCCCUUUGUGCUAUAUUUAUCUGUAA